AUGGGGCCGCCGGGCCUGGCGCUGCUGGCGCUGCUGGCGCUGGUGCCCGGCGGGCGCUGCGCCCCCCGCGACGCCCUCGCCUGCCCCCAGGGCCUCGCCUGCCGCCUGCUCGGGCCAGCCGACGCGCGAGUGCUUGGAGGCGCCGCGCUCGGAGCCGCGCGGCACGGCGCCGGGCACCGCGCGCCACCCGCAACGCCACCGGCACUGCCCGCUCACCGCGCUGUCCCCACAGACUGCUCCCGGCCCGCGGCCCGCGCCCUGCCGCACUGCCAAGCGCCGCGGCUGCAGGUGCUGCGCGGGCCGCAGGCGGCCGUGGUGCAGGUGCAGGAGGCGGCGGCCGGGCACAACUACACGCUGCGGCUCUACCACAACCGCAGCCGCGGCGCCGGCAGCUCCGGGCGCACGGUCACGGCGAGCGGCACCCUGAACUACAGCCUGCCUGCGGACGAGGUGCUGCCCUGCCUGUGCCUGCAGGUGUGGCUGGAUGCGCCGGACCCGCCGCGCGCCACCUCCUGCCCCUUCUCCCGCGACGCCGCGGCCUGGCAGCGCCUGUGGGCGCAGAGCCGGCUGCUGCUGCACGCGGCCGGCGGCGCGCUCUCCUGCUCCGUGGCGUCGCCCUGCGACCUGCCGGCGCGGCUGGUGCCCUGCUGGCGCGCGGCGCCCCCGGGGCUGCUGGCGCCGCGGCUGCGGCAGGACGUGGCGGCGGGGCGCUGCAUGCAGCUCUGGCAGCAGAACGGCACCGGCGCGGCGCUCUGGGCCUGCCCCCUGCACCGCUACCGGCGCGCGCGCUGGGCGCUGGGCUGGCUCGCGGCGCUGCUGGGCGCAGCCUGCGUCCUGCUGCUGUGGCUGCUGCUGCCGGCCAGGGAGGAGCCCGAAGCAAGUGCAGUGGAUGCAGUGGUGCAGCGGGCGCAGCAGGUGCAGGUGAUGCAGUGGGUGCAGUGGGUGCAGCGGAUGCAGAGGAUGCAGUGGGUGCAGUGUGUGCAGGUGAUGCAGAGGGUGCAGAGGGUGCAGAGGGUACAGCGGGUGCAGUGUGUGCAGCGGGUACAGUGGGUGCAGGGGCUGCAGCAGCUGCAGCAGCUGCAGAGGGUGCAGCGGGUACAAUGGGUGCAGCGGGGCCUGGAGCGCACGGAGCGCGAGGGCUUCGGCGGCGGCAACACGGCCUGGGAGGAGGAGAAGCUGGCCAAGUACAAGCACAGCGAGACCCGGCUGCUGGAGGUGCUGGAGAGCGUCUGCGCGCCCGCCGACUUCGCCUGCCACCAGCUGCUGGAGCGCAGCGAGGAGCACGUGGAGCGCUGGUGGUUCCACGAGCGGCAGCAGCACCCCGACUUCUUCCAGUGGCUCUGCAUGGACAGGCUGGCCGUGUGCUGCCCCGCCGGCACCUACGGCCCCGAGUGCCUGCCCUGUGCCGGCGGCCCCCGGCAGCCCUGCAGCGGCAACGGCAAGUGCGACGGGGACGGGACGCGCGGCGGCACCGGGCUGUGCGUGUGCAGCCCGGGCUACGGCGGGCCCUUCUGCGCCGAGUGCGGCGACGGUUACUACGAGGCGUCGCGCAACAAGAGCCACCUGGUGUGUGCCGAGUGCUACUGGGCCUGCGGGCGCUGCACGGGGCCGGAGGACUCGAGCUGCCUGCGCUGCAAGCGGGGCUGGGUGCUGCACGAGCGCCGCUGCGUCGAUGUAGAUGAGUGCGGCACGGAGAUGGCGCACUGCCGAGCCAACCAGUUCUGCGUCAACACCGAGGGCUCCUACGAGUGCCGAGACUGCUCCACGGCCUGCAUCGGCUGCAUGGGCGCGGGGCCGGCCCGCUGCAAGAAAUGCAACAAGGGCUACUGGCGGGAUGGAGCCAAGUGCCUCGACGUGGACGAGUGCGCGAGCGCCGAGGAGCCCGUGUGCAGCGGCGCGCAGGAGGUCUGCGAGAACACGGAGGGCGGCUACCGCUGCGUGUGCGCCGCGGGCCACGUCCGCAGGGACGGGCAGUGCGUGGAGGACAAGCCGCCCGACGCCCCCGAGAAGGGCUUCUUCGACGACGUGACGGAGGACGAGGUGGUGGUGCUGCAGCAGAUGUUCUUCGGCGUGGUGAUCUGCGCCCUCGCCACGCUCGCCGCCAAGGGCGACAUGGUCUUCACCGCCAUCUUCAUCGGGGCCGUGGCUGCCAUGGCCGGCUACUGGCUCUCCGACCGCGGCGACCGCGUCCUCGACGGCUUCAUGAAGGGUAGAUAGCCCUGGGCACGGCCACGGCGUGGGCACGGCCCCCGCGCG